AUGUUAUCUCACGAUGCACAUCUGUUAUACGGGCUUGAAGAUUCGGCAAAACUGGAGAGCACGAUCGACCGACUUACAAUCCAUCUUGAGCAGCUUCAGGUGUCAGAUCCUAUGGAGGAGGCUGAACUACCAAAAAAAGAGCUUUUCUUGUCGAAGGCGAAUAUAAUCAGGUUUGUGAACGCCUUUUUCGACAACUCAAACCACAGCAAUUGCUUUGUCUACAAAGGUUCGUUUAAUGUGAACACUGCGUCAACACAGCUCCUAUUAGCAAUUCUACUUCUUGGCGCAACUUGCAUUUCACCAGAGGAUGCUGCGACAGCCGAAAAAUUCUCAGAAAGAUUUGAGUAUUCCGUGUUUGAAAGUCCAGAAUUCCAACGGCUUCUGUACCAAGAGAAUCAUCCGACUCCUUCGCGAGAAAAUAUCCAGCUCGUGCAAGCAGCAAUGCUCACAAUUGUCUUGCGGCCAUCUACAGGACAACUAGAGACGGAAAGACGUAUUCGGAUACAAAGAGUGCCUGCCUUGGUGUCUGCUGUGCGGUUGUUGAAUCUCACCCAGGUACUAAACGACACCGUCCUCGAUGGUGAGAAAGCCAAUCUCGACGAAUAUAUACGUAGAGAGACACUCGUAAGGAUCAUGGCGUGGGUAUAUCUUCUUGACGCCCACUGCGUUAUCUUCUCCAAUUCACCCCCACAAUUCAAAAUCGCCGAAGCAGAUUUCGGUCUUCCCAGACAUGAUAUGAUAUUCAAGACAACUGGUUUACCUGAUCUAAAUGAGCUCAUAUCAAAUGCGGAUCUUCAGGGCCCACCACUCUCACUUAGGUCGGUGGUUCAACGGUUAAUGGAUGGCAAGCCUGCUGGAAUUGAAGAAUUACUACCGCAAGUGGACUCACUUUUUGCGCUUUUUCUGGUCUUGAGUGGUAAGUAG